UGUGGCUUGCUUCACACUGCUGCUAGCAGAGCAGUUUCUACGUAGCCAGCUCUGUAGUAUAGUAUAGCUUAAUUAAUCUGUUUUUCUGGAAAUAUAAAAUGUUCCGUAGGAAGCUCACGGCUUUAGACUAUCACAAUCCUGCGGGUUUUGACUGCAGAGAUGAAACAGAGUUCAGAAAUUUCAUCGUCUGGCUGGAGGACCAGAAAAUCCGUCAUUAUAAGAUAGAGGAUCGCGGAAACCUCAGGAACAUCUCCAGCUCUGAGUGGCCCAAGUCCUUUGAAAAGUAUCUCCGAGACGUGAGCUGCCCGUUCAGUGUUCAGGAACGGUGUGAGUCCAUCGACUGGCUGCUGGGCCUCGCCGUUCGGUUUGAAUAUGGUGACAAUGUGGAGAAAUACAGAAACUGCGCGCCGGCAGGGGAGGUGAACAACGCGAGCCAAAAACCAGCCGACCCGCUCGUUAACCUGGACAGCAACAAUCCUGACUUUAAGGCCGGAGUCACAGCCUUGGCGAACCUUCUGAAGAUCCAGAGACACGACGACUAUCUCAUCAUGCUCAAGGCCAUUAGGAUCCUCGUCCAAGAACGCCUGACUCCUGACGCCAUUGCAAAAGCCAACAAGUCGAAAGAGGGUUUGCCGGUUGCUCUGGACAAGCACAUCCUAGGAUUUGACACCGGAGACGCCACUCUGAACGAAGCGGCUCGUAUCCUUCGGCUCCUGCACGUCGAGGAGCUGCGCGAGCUCCAGACGAGGAUCAAUGAGGCCAUCGUGGCCGUGCAGGCCAUCAUCGCCGACCCAAAGACCGAUCACCGUCUCGGCAAAGUGGGCAGAUGAUCAUCAACACGCGCGACCGAAGGGACAGAGCGUAUGGGAACGGGACGAUCGUUGGGUUUUAGCGUGCCACGGUUUGCAGGAUGAAUGAAAUUCAAAACCCGACGAGAUUUCCGUUUAGACUUAAAAAAUCCGAUAUGUUUCGGACAUGUGGAGAAAAUUUGAGUUGCACAGUCACUACAUUUGUCAUUAACAGUUUAUUCUUUUCUUCAAAGUAUUGUAUAACAGAUCUAUUCCCUUGGAAAUUAAUAAGGGGCUUUUGGACAGCAAGGGUUUUUUGUUUUGUUUUUUCGUGUGAGAGAGAGACUGGCUUUUUUCUUUCAAUGAAGAUGAUGUACACAAACUGCAAAUGUGUGUAUACAUAUAAAUGACAUUAAUGCAACA